UGGUUGACAUCAAAACGCGUUUUUUUUUCCUCGAGAGAGCUUGUUGAUUGUGUUUUGUGCCCAACAUCUUCAGUUGCACGGAUAUCGUGGUGGAGACCCCAUCGUCCGGACGGGUUUCACAUUGUGCAGGGAAAAGUAGUCUUACAUAGAAGAAAUCUGUGGUGGAGUGAGUCUGCUGCAUCGUCAAGUGUGAGAUCCUUUUGGGACGACUGAGAGUGGGGAUUUUUAAAUAAAAAAACUACAUCCAUAAAUUUUUCAAUCAAUAAGAUGAAGAGAUAGAGCAUGUAAGGAAGUUCUUAUCGAUCUCACACACAGUCCAUAUCAAAGGGGUAAAGGGGAAAGAGGAAACAAAACAACAUCAAUAGUCUUGGAGCAACACUGAAAAAGUUGAUGACGACACGGUGCUUACGAAUGCAAAAAUUACCGUGUGGCUGUGAUUCAUCUCUCCGUGAGGCAUGACAGGUGACAGAGGAGCUGAGAGUGAGAGAACACCUUUGAGAAAUACCUGCGCCACUGCCAGUGCGAAUAGACCUUCCUCAGACACGGUCAUCCAGUCGUUCCAGAGCACCGCAGCGAGCAGGACCAUGGAUAAGUCAUCGAGAGUACUCAUUAAGAUUGGAUUGGAUUUCCUUCUUCUCCUCUGUGUGGGAUUCCCCAUUUUGAUCUUCUUCAUCUGGGGAGAACCCUACAAGCGUGGCUUCUUUUGCGAUGACAUGUCCCUCAGGCAUCCCUUCCAUGAGUCAACUGUGAGGAAUUGGAUGCUCUACAUCAUUGGCCUUAUCCUUCCAAUCGGUGUGAUGAUCCUCGUUGAGACAAUCAUUGCACACAGGAAUGGCUAUGGGUCAAGUAAUAUCAGAAUUUUCAACUGGGAAGUCCCAGAAUGGCUUAAGCAGUGCUACGUGAAGAUUGGAGUCUUUGGCUUUGGGGCAGCAUGCAGUCAACUAACAACGGACAUUGCUAAAUACUCCAUUGGGCGCCUCAGGCCGCAUUUCUACACUCUUUGCCAACCGAGAUGGGGAGAUAACUCAUCAUGUGAUGAUCCACAAAAUCAUGGGCUGUACAUUGAGGACUUUCACUGUAUCAACGAUCAAACUGAUAGGCUUUUGAAGGAGAUGCGCCUGUCCUUUCCAAGUGGGCAUGCAAGCUUCUCGGCCUACACCCUCAUCUAUCUUUCCAUUUACCUUCAGGUUCGCAUGACUUGGUCUGGAUCAACCCUUAUGCGUCACUUCCUGCAAUUUGUCCUCCUGAUGAUGUUCUGGUUUACAGCCCUUAGCCGUGUGUCUGACUACAAGCAUCACUGGUCUGAUGUCCUCGGUGGGGCGCUGAUUGGUGUCACUUGCGCAAUCCUUGUGACUCGCUACGUGUCAGAUUUAUUUAGUUACGCAAGGAAAGAAGGUUCUUCCCUGCCCAUCUCACGACGGGACUUGGAUACACCAACAAAUGGCGAACUGUAGAAGAAAUUUCUAAGAAAAAUCAGCAAAAUAUUUGCAUGUUGAAGGAUUUCAGAAAAAAACGGAAUUUGUGCCAUUUUAGAAUUUUGCCCCAAAAAUUCUUCUAAAGAAUUUUUAUCUUUAUAGAACAACAAAAUGAAAUUGUGAGUCCUUUUCGAAUUAUAUAUCAUAAAUAUGUAAAAGGAAAGUAUAAUGUAGUUUGUUAGUACCUUGUUAAAGUGAUUGAUUAGUAAGUUAUUAAUUAAGUGAUUGUAACUUUUAAUGUUAUUUUAAUUCUCAUCUAAUUUUAGAAUGUUAAAUUUUACACAUUACAAAAACUACAAAAUUAUCCUUAAUGAAAAUAAAAAAAGGAAUUCUUUUAAAAGAAAAAAAAAUGUUCUAGGCCUAAAUAAAUCUUUACGCAUAAUUCGCGUGCAAUAUCUGGAUUUAAUUGAUAAAUGAAAAAAAAAUGCCCUUAAUUUUUUUUAGGGAUCAAAAUCAAUUGAAUUGAUUAACAAACUAAUACUCAAGGGGAUGGUUUAACCUCAUUUUCAGUGAAGAAAAGUCACUUUUUGUUGAACAAAAUGUAUGAGGAAUUCUCGAAUCUCGCCCAAUCUCGACCGAUUCCCGAGAAACACUUUAACUUUUUUUAUAUUAAUAAUGUUAUUUCGAUGAUGAGAAGGGAUCAACCGAGAGCUAAUUAAAUGUACUUUCGAUUGCAAGUGGAAUUGUGCAAAUUGAUCGCAUAUUUUGAUCGGAAGAACCUGCUGCCUCACUAAAAGUACUGAUUUCUCGGGGUUGGGCAUCCCCUUGCUAAUACUUUAGCUCUUAGGAACUUUUUGCAUAUAAUAUUUACCCUAUUGUAUUAACAUUCCAAUUUAUGAGAACAAAUUUACAGGCAAAAAGCAUUUCAUGGUACCUACAUUGAAUUUAAUAAAUAAAAAAAAGGAUUUAUAGGAACAAGAAAAAAAACAAAGGAUCAAAUCCUCUCUCAGUCUGCGAAGAGGAGGAAUUUUCUUCUCUUCUUACUCUUCGCAAAAGCUAAAUAAAAAAAAUGUGAAUGAUCUUUCUUAUAUAGAAAAAGAGAUGUAAUAAUUUAAUGAUAAAAUAAAUUAAUAAUAUAUGCUAAAUACAAUCUAAUAAACUUUAAGAGAGUUUCUGUGAAGCUAAA